AUGUCAACCUCACGACCAUCUUCAACUUCAGGGCCAAAGCCUGGAAGUUCCAAGUCCCUCAAUGACUACCAACUCGGAGACUCGCUUGGGAAAGGAGCAUUUGGGCAGGUUUAUCGAGCCUUGAACUGGGCUACAGGAGAAACAGUAGCCGUGAAAGAGAUCCAGUUGAGCAACAUACCGAAGAGUGAACUCGGUGAGAUCAUGUCCGAGAUUGAUCUCCUCAAGAAUCUGAAUCACCCCAACAUCGUUAAGUACAAGGGUUUCGUAAAGACGAGGGAAUUUCUGUACAUCAUCCUCGAGUUCUGUGAGAAUGGUUCUCUACACAACAUCUCGAAGCGUUUUGGAAAGUUUCCCGAAAAUCUCGUCGCCGUCUACAUCUCGCAAGUGUUGGAGGGCUUGGUUUAUCUUCACGACCAGGGUGUCAUCCACCGUGAUAUCAAAGGCGCUAACAUCCUCACCAACAAAGACGGGACAGUGAAGCUUGCGGAUUUUGGAGUGGCUGCGAAGACGGGUGGUGUGACCGAUGGCGCAGUGGUUGGGAGUCCUUACUGGAUGGCACCUGAAGUGAUUGAACAAUCUGGAGCGACCACCGCGUCAGACAUCUGGAGUGUGGGUUGCGUUGUUAUCGAACUUCUCGAAGGCCACCCACCAUACCAUACCCUCGAUCCUAUGCCUGCACUUUUCCGAAUCGUCCAAGACGACUGUCCACCAAUACCCGAGGGUGCCUCACCAAUCGUCAAGGACUUCUUAUACCAUUGCUUCCAAAAGGACUGCAAUCUUCGUAUAUCUGGAAAGAAGUUACUGAAGCACCCCUGGAUGGUCUCCGCACGCAGACAGAUGGCGGAUGGGAAGGACAAAUCUGGUGACAAUACUGGUGACGAUUCGACGGCGACCUAUAACGGUGUUCCGAAGAGGAAUUCGAAUUACAAUUACGACGAAGCCGUUCUGAAAGUCCAGGAGUGGAAUGAAGCCUUGAAAUCGCCUUCUAAGCUGUCGAAACCUCAUGCAAGAAAUCCGCGGCCGAGUUCGCCAACACAGCAACGGGCAGGGGCCGACCUUCUGCAACCGCCGUCGCAGUUACCCAUCGGCUUGCAUGCUCCCUUAGCACAAGCAGCUUGGAAGGCCGCAGUUGCUCCUGGCAAAGUGGGCAUUAAUCUUGUCGAGAAGAUCCAACCACUUUCAUUUGUGCUGCAACCUCCAGAAGAGCAGACCGACAACUGGGACGACGACUUCGAGGAAGGGAUAUCCUUUACGAAGCUUCAAGCGUUGGAGAAGACCAAUCUGGAUGAUGAUAAGCAAGAUGUCGAGGACAACGCGCAGACCAUUCGACCGAACAGGAGUCCAGGGCAUAAACCUAUAGCACUUGCCCAAGCGCCUUCAGCAGCGAUCCAGCCUAUAGUGGAGGACUACUCCGAUUUGGCAACUGAAGAAGACGAUGAUUGGCUGCAGGAGAAGGUCGCCGACUUCAAGAUCAAAAACUCUGUUCGCCGCGGCCUUUUCCACCCGGACGACAUCAAAACCAUCGGGUUGACGGCCUCUCCAGGCCCACUGUCAGCCCCUCUGCCGAGUCUGUCGAGGAAGCCGUCGCGCUCUUCAAUCAGCCCCCGAGGGACUUUGGGCCCUGCAUCUGCGACGGCGGUCUCGUCGCAUACACGCUCAGGUUCAUUAGCCAGCACACCAAUCAAUGGUGCGACGAGUGCGGGCUCAUUCGGGAAGGCCGAAGCGCAGAAGCUGUACAGCCAGGCGGAGUUUGGGAAGUACACGGAGGAUGACGACGAGGAUUACGAGGAUGUUUUUGGGAAGCCGAAUGCUACCUCUACCGAGCAGCCAAUGCAGACAUUACAAUUGAACACGCGUCUGUCGAACAAGUCUUGGCUUGGCGACGAUUCCGAUGAGGAGGAUCCGUUUGCUGAGAUCGACGAAGGUUUUUCAGAGGAGGACCUCGAUGCCAACCUCCAGCGAGACAAAUAUGCCAGACUCUGUAAUACUGUCAACUCGCUCAUCGACGAACUCACCCCAGCGGCUCCUGACUUCCAACUCCGCGAUGCUUGCGAUCAACUGCUCAACAUCAUGGGCGAAACUCCAGAGAUGCAGGUCCAGUUGGUGUCUUCACACGGGAUGCUUGCCAUUCUCGAGGUUCUCGAAGGGAGGUGCUCAAGAGACGUCAUCAUGAAGCUGCUCCAAAUUGUCAACUUGCUGGUCACAGAGGACCUUGGCUUCUUGGAGAGCUUCUGCUUGCUUGGUGGAAUUCCAGUGAUGAUGGAAUUUACGUCCAAAAAGUACCCCAUAGAAUGCCGUCUGGAAGCAUCGAAUUUCAUUCGCCUCCUAUGCCAUACCUCUGUCCUAACACUUCAGAUGUUCAUUUCGUGCCGGGGUCUCAAAGUUCUCGUCGACCUCCUCGAUGAGGACUACAGUGAGCAAACCGAGUUGGUCGAACAUGCUCUCAAUGGCAUCGGCAAUGUCUUCGAACUGCAAAGCCCAACAACCAAGAAUGAUUUCUGCCGUAUGUUCAUCCGCGAGGGACUUCUGGACCCGCUAUCUUCAGCUCUCCUUAACGUCAUGGCGAUCCGUGACACACCGACGAUGGAUACAAAGAUGAAGGUCAUACAGAUUCUGCUGGUAUUCUCGCAGGUGUCGCAGUCGGAUGUGCAUGUGAGGAAUGCACUUGGGACAAGGAAGGUCAUUCGUCGUUUACUGCGUGCUUGUGAACUGCUAGAGCCAGAAUGCCUCGUGCACAUGCUCAAGGCAGUAAAGCACCUCUCGAUGAAUGCGACUAUGCUUGAAGUCCUUCAGAAUGCGAAUGCCAUCGAAAUUCUUAUUCGCAUUCUGGAUGAGCAAUCAAGUGGACCCCACAGCACGGAAAUUUCGAACCAUGUCUUCCAAACUUGCUACAAUCUCUGCCGCGUCAACAAGUCCCGUCAAGAAGAAGCUGCCCAGGCUGGCAUCAUUCCUUGCCUCAAACGAGUCAUCGAAACAAGUUCGCCACUCAAGCAAUUCGCCCUACCUAUCCUUUGCGAUCUGGCCAGCGCUGGCAAGAGCUGUCGGACGUUAUUAUGGCAGCACGACGGCCUUUCAGUGUACACGAAAUUGCUGGAAGACCCGUACUUCCAAGUCAGCGCGCUAGAAUCUAUCUUAUCGUGGUUGCAAGACGAAACCUCAAGAGUAGAAGACGAGCUGAUCAAGCCAGACGCCAUUGAGUCUCUCCUUAAGUGCUUCGUCUCCUCCAAAGCCAACUCAUUCGAGAACCUCCUCGAUCCAUUCCUGAAAAUUAUCAGGCUCUCCAACCCUGUGACGAUCGCUAUCUCCAAAUCCUCCGCGUUCUUCAAGCGGAUCAUCGACAGGCUUGGGCAGAAUGGCAAGGCAGUCGUCCGACUCAACCUUUUGCGUAUCCUGCGUGGCGUAUGCGACGUGCACCCCAAUCGAGCCACGUUGGUCGAGCGGUAUGGGCUUCUAGGCGUCGUCGAGAAGCUCAGUCGCUCAGGAGGGGACGGUGCGGUCCUUGUGCGCGAGUUGGCCAGAGAGAUCGUGCCUGCGCUCAAGCCUGCUCUCAAACCCAUUGCCGGGCGAAGCAAGAGCUCUGGCACACCAGGCUUGGGUUCUCUGGAGCUCUCGUCGUCCCAGCUGUCAUCCAUCGGGCCCGGAGUCUCAUCCGCAGGCUUGUCAUCCUCGCAGUCGAAAAGCAGUAUUGCGCCAAAGAGGCUAAGAAGGACUGCUUCGGAGACGAGUUCGCAGGUGUUCGGAAAUCUCAGCGCCAACCAGAGUGGGCUGUCGUCGUCAACGGAGGGGGUGCUGCCGAAGCUGAACAUGGGAAUAGGUGCUACGAAGACACGACCUCCUGGGUCGUCGAGACCUUUAUCUGCUUCAGCCAGACAGAGGCUCGGAGAUAUACCCUGGCAAAACACGAAUUCUGGCUCUGGAAGUAAUAGCAGGUGGUGA